AUUGAAUUCUCUGACAACCCAGAUUGCUUUGGAGAUGGGAAAGUCUGUGCUGAGUGUGGAAAGGUUUUUUCCCAUCCGUUCUAUUUCAGGUGAGAAUUUCAAAAUGGCAUUCAUUUUCUAAGUGAAUGAUGCAAAAACUUUUACACUAUACACUGUUAAGGAGCUAUUAUCUUCUAAACAGCUGUUUCACCUGUCGUACUUGUAAAGUCUUUGAGACUUUUUUCUUUAUUAAUUUUGCUCUUACAACCCACCCGCCCCAUCUAAAAAAAAUUACAACUAGAAGAUGAUUCCAACUAGAAUCAUCUUCAUCAUCCUUGAAAUCACAUCCCCCUGAGACUUAGCUAUAUAAUAUCUUUUCAUUGGUAAUCAGACCUCAUAUCUCAAAGUUGUAUAGUAUUAUACUAAAAACUAUAUAAAUUUAACCUCAAUGAAUUGCAAUUUCUUGACUAAUUUUCACCAUGUGCAGCCAAGAAGAAAUGUAUUUUAUUUUAGCAUAGCGAUUACUCUAAUCUUAAUUAAAAACCAUAACGGAGUUCCCAAAUAAUUAGCAAGAGAGUUUAUUUAUUUCAAGCUUGAUUACAAAGUGUAAUGUCAACUUGAUAGUCAAGGCAUUAUUUUUUUAGUUGACUCUACCUUUUGCAUUUUAUUUCAGCACUCACAUUAGCAUCCAUUAUUCUGAAAAAAGGUUUUCUGUCGGCCAAUGCAACUUGUGUGGCCUCACCUUUGCAGAUCCACAUGUCUACCAGAAACAUUUGAUGUCUUCAAAUGCUAGAAUGUCGGAACAGGUGAUUUCAAUGCACAUUUUUUUAAAAACUAGAAAUUUUAUGGAUUUUCCUUUUACUUUUAUAGCAGCAAAGUGUAGUGUAGCUCUUCUGUUGGUCUUUUCUAGACUAAAACAUGAAUUUCCAAUCGCAUCACUUUCACACAGUUUGAUGCAUUCUAUAUAUCAUAGGAAAGUUAAUUUUGUUUCACUGCAUCUGUGUCAUUUAUUUAUUUCCGAAACAAAAAGGUUGGAAAGGUAACGUUCAAUUAUUUUUCUGCAGCCACCCGAUGACGAGGAAAUAAAAAAAGAAACAGACUUCACCCCUGAGUAUCACUCUCAGGACGACCAGAACUUCGAUGAGAACGGCGAGACGAUGAAUCUAGAUGAGGUGGUUGUUAAGCAGGAGAUAGAUGCUGACAUGUCGGAUGACCUCAUUUCUGUCAAUCAAGAGCUGGUUAGAAAUCAGGAUACAGACUUUGAACCCAGCACUAAACGUCGACGUAAAAUGACCCAACGCUACGAGCCUGAACUGAUAUCAGGUCCGUCCAUGGUAAACCCUGACACAGACCCUGCGGUGGAAGCCUAUUUGAUGAGCUUGACGGAGAUGGGAUUGACCGUGGACCCGGCUGCUUUCGCAAAUCCUCGUGUGAGAGGUCGUGGGAGGAAAUUCAUGGGACCUUCAAGGGGUCGAUGGAGAGGACCGAAGUUUCCGCCGGGAAGAGAUUUUAUGAUGGCAGAUGCAUUCCCACCGGUCCCCAAGAAGCCUAGCCCAAAAUACGAAUACUUGGAUUAUGAUGUCCUGCUUGAGGAUGAUGUCGAGAUUUUGCCAAAGAGUGGUAAGCAAACACGGGGCCAGCGGUUGCAGCAGCGGCAGGAAAGGCUCAGCCAGCAAAAGGAACCCAGCAAAGUUCAAGAUGGCCCAGAGGGAUCAGAAGCUGCCCUUAAAGCGGAGCCUGGCUCUGAUAAAAACAGUGAGUCUGAUUCUACAGCUGCAGUAAGUGCUACAGCUACUGGAAGCCCUGUAGUGAGUAAAACACUAAAGAGAAGCUUACCCUCAACGAGCGCAGGUCCCAGCCUAGUCGAUCGGAGUUUUGCUCUAGAUAAACAAAUGAUCAAAGCUGAACUGACGGACAAGGACUAUUCACCACGAGCCUCAUCUCACAGUAAAGCCAGAGGUCGGGGGUCAGCUCAAAAACGUGGUGGGAACCCUGCGGUGCAAGCAGCUCAAGUGAGAGCCUCUGCUCCGGGUGCACCCCGACCAGGUUUUACGGGGUACGCCAUGGCUAGUCCCACUUUCCGGCCAGCCGUUAGCCUCGGCUCUGAUGUCAUUCGUCCAGCUGUUAACAAAGUUAGCAGAGCCGGAAUGGCGACAAAUCCGAUACGUAUGAAGACAGUCACUGCCACUUCUUCUGCAUCAAGUGGUCCUAAAAUGUCUAAAAUGGCUAAAGCGCCAUCUGGGAUUGAGAAAUACAAACAGGAAUCUCGCGAGUACGUUGAGAUCAUGUUACAGUCACUCACCGAUGAGCUUAUACCUACCAAAAUGGGCAAAAGUUCAGUAACCUCAAAGACAUACUUUGGAAAAUCUGGGGAUCUCUCACUAGGAUCAUCUUCAAGUUAUUCUGGCAAUCAGUCAUUUUUUCAUGGUGUCGGUGGAACCGGUGGUUUAAUGGGCAGCCAGCGGCAGAAUUUGGGAAGAGGGGGUUUACCCACAGAGACAUACAUGUAUGGGAAUCAAUUGGGCCAAUGGUCCCAACCCAUGGGAUCUUGGCCUAUGAGCAACAAUGGCGCCAGGGGUCAUAGCGGCUUCGGUUUAUUUAACUCCAGGCCCCCUCGGGCACGAGGUGCCAGGGGUGUAGCGGCCAGGGGCGGGGCAAUGCAACCCCAACGUGGCGCUGCCGGCCAGCGAGGAAGGGGUGGUCGAGGUCACGGUAUGAUGGGGAUGAUGCCAUCAACUUUCAUGGGGCCGACCGCCGGGGUCGCACAGAAACCCCAACAAGGUUUGCCAGUUCAGGCCAAACCCCCGUUAAACCCACCCACUGUAUACCCUGUGAAAAUGGGGAGGGGUGGCAUCGGUAUUCCCAGGGGAGGAGUGAGUAGUGCCAGGGGAGGACUCACACCACCUGCUAAAAUCACCCCUCCACCUCCAGUAAAGAUGCUAAAGCCGGCCAUCACUACAGAGGAAGUAAUAGUCCUCGAUGAUGAUGAUGACGAUGAGUCGGCAGCGAAAGGCAAAGACACACCGAGAAAAAAGCAGAUCACUAGUGAUUCCAGUGGAGCUGGCCCGAGCGGUGUCACGCCAGUGAAAAAAACUGCAGUCAUUGUGGAUAUCGACAAAGAAGGAAGCAAUAUUGCCAUCAUAGAAAAGUCAGAUAAAAAACCAGAAACCCCCUUGAAAGAUUCUGACAAAGGGGGUGACAAGAAACUUCAACUGUCCCCUUCGGUUCGACUGACCAGGAUUGAUGAUGUGAAACCUUCAGUUUCCAGCGACAAAACAGAGUUACCCCAGAAUGACCAUGCAGAGACUUGUAGUAAAGGCAGCCCCUCGGGCAGUGAGGAUAAUGACAAAAACGUGGCCAGUAAAGGGAAAGGUAUGCUUGAAGUGGAGGACAUAGACGGCUGGAAAGUCUGCCUGGCAAAAGAUUCUGAAUCAGAGUCUGACAGUGAGAGUGAUCAAGACAGUCGAAGCCCUGUUAAGACAGCAGGAAGCAGAGACAAAGAAACCUUGCCAAAUGACCCAGAAGGAAGGGGUGAAGCGAAGAGACCUGCAGCAGAGCCCUCAACUGAAACACAGGGUGGGAAUGAAGGUCAGCCUGACCAGUUGAAGCCACACCAAAGUUCUCCCGAUGCAUCUCCUGAUGAUGUUGACAACACCAAGCAUAAGUCGGGGAGCUCCUCAAGAUCAGACAAUUCUGUACUAGCGUCCCAUGACACUGAGGACUCCUUGUCCAGCAGUGUGCCAUCCGCUUCAAGUGUCCCUCUGACUUUCCCGAAUUUCAUUGGUGACACGGAUAAUUUGCUGGAUAUUUUCUCAGAGAUUGAGAAGACCUGCAAAGAAAUUGAGGAAAAUUCUGGGAAUGAGAGAGAGGACAGUGGGGCAGAGUCGGAUACCAAAGAUUUGAAACGUUCGGAAAGCUGCAACAAAAUGGCCAGUAGUCAGCCUCCAGGAGAACACUCAGUAGACAAGGAGGGUGGAAAGUCUGAAGAAGGGAAGAUAAGUGAGGUCUUGAAGAAUUUAGAAGGCACAGAGCAGAAGAAGAAGCGGCAAUCAAAUGCUAGGGGAUCUGUGAGUAAACAUGGCGGCCAGCGGAAAGGUAAGGUCGACAAUGUUUCACAGGAGGAGGCCAAAGAAGGUAAAAAACGCAAAGAUGAGUUGAAUAAUUUAUCGAAAGUCAUUGAUCAAGAGGAGGCAGAUGAUGGUGAUGAUGAAGAAGCUAAUGGUGAAGAUGACAGAAUGGACGCCGAAAGGAAUUCAGAAAUUGAAAGCCCGGCAGGAGAUGAAAGGAGCGAUGAAGAUAAUGAGGAUGAUGAUAAUAAAGUCGGGAAGCAAGUUGCAGUGGUAGAGCAAGAUGAUAAUCAUGAAUGUUCUAUGGAACAUGACGAGAGCUAUGAACAAAGCACUGGGAGGGGGUAUGAGGAGGAAAAGGAAUGUGCCAUUAGCACUGGAAGCCUAUCAACAAUUGAUGAGCUCAAAGCAACACAGCUGGGACUCUCAGAAGCUGAAACCAAUGCCUGGAAAUCUGACACCGAAAAGGUUGUCACUGAUUGUGGCAAUAAGGUUGAAGUGGCCAACCAAAGGCCGUAUAAGAAAUCUGAUGAUGCCCCGGUUAGCGUCUCUGAAGAAACUUACCACAAAACUCUUGCCGACAGGACUCAAGAGAUGCAAGACUCUGUGGUUGCACCCUGUGAAUCGAUGGCAGGCGAUAGGGGAAAGGGAGGUUUAAAUAAAGAUGUGUGGCAGACGGAACCGACCCACACAAACAAUGAAUCCGAGAGCUUUAAAAAUGAAGGUGUCCAAAUGGAAGAUGUGAUGGACGGCAAAGGUGAUCAUGCAUCAGUUGUGAGGAUUCAUGACAGUGCAGAAAGAGAGAACUGUACAAAUGACAUGGGGUGUAAAACAGAUUUAUUUGGUCCAAGCCAUGCGGAGAGAUUUGUGGAAGAUAAAGGGUUAGAGCAGGGUGAAGGUGAUGAUGUCAGGGAAGAAAGAAUAUUUGAACAGUGCAGUCAUAACACUAUGGAUGGUGUAGAUUCUGAAGUGGGAAAGGAAAAUAAUGGUUCUGAUGAGGUCACAACUGGCCUUGAGAUGGCACCUUUUGAACCUAACAGAGCAAGUGAACAGGGUUUCCAGGAAAAUGAAAAUAAUUCGGACCAGGAUUUCAAGAAAAAGUCCCCUGGGCGGUCAUCAUGUAAGGAUGACACUUUAGAGGACACCUCAGAUCAUGACAGUGACAAAGAUAAAGACGGAGGUAAGAGAAAUGGUGGCAGUGGGCGAGAUAGCGGCUCCAGUCCUCAGUGUCCAGCUCACAACCUAAGCGGAGCAAGCUGCAGCAACAGCACUUCUUCAAACAGCGGGGACAGCAGAGGCAGCAACAGCCACAGCUUGACUCUGAAUCUAACAGACAGCCACAGUUGUGCGACCACCAGUGAGGGACUAUCAAGUUUCAGUGGGAUCCAUUCAACAGACUUUACUUCUUACCUUUCACUCAGCCGUGGCCACGCCAUGGAUGCUGGUCAAGCGAACCGACCCAUGCCUCAUCGUUGUGAGGGCAGUAAUCUCAUAACUGCACAGUUACCCAGCAAGUUUCCUACCUGGGCCUCAUUAUAUGGUUCCAGUGAAAACUUCAAUAAAUUUCAUCACCGCUGCAAAAGAUCAUUCUCAUCAUCAAAAGCUGUUGACUUUUGUUCUUUUGGGAGGGAUUUUGGUGAGACGGUUCUGCUGCCUCCAACAUUUUGCACCAAAAGAAACGUUCAAGUUUAUAAUGAUAAACUUGUGCCGGAGGACAUUGAUAGAUCUCAUGAAAUGCCUUGCAGCUGUGACAUUGCAAGCGAUCAUUGCAUUAUGUCUGAAAUCUUGUCAUGUGUCCAAGAUAACAGGAUCAAUUUCCCCACGAAUGAAACAGCGCCUCAAGGAACCUAUCAUCACUUUAGUAAGAUGCGAUCCCUGAAUCAGGUGCACCAAAAAAGUUCCAAUGACUGCCGCUGGUGUUCACCAGAACACAGCAGUUUCAUGAAACACAAUGUCAGAUGUGGAUGCAGGAAAAGACUUGGUGCUGUUGCAGUUUGCUGCAAACAUUCAAGAAAUGUUAAAAUUGUAGGUCAUAGUCUCAGAUCAAAAUUUCAUUCCAGUCUGAGGUCUAGAUUAGCAAAAUUGCUGGGCUCACAAUUACCAGAAAUGUCAAAAUGUGAGAUGGGAUCAAGACCUGGCUGUAAUGGUUCAGGUCCAGCCCCAACCGGCAUCAGCGCUGAAUGUGAAAUGGUUGGGCUUACUAAAGCCUGGCCGAACCAUUGUAGAAACGAUCUAUUGGUAGAAUUCCAGGAAAUAGAAUUCCUAGAAAAUAGUUUAGGUACUGGAAAUUGUGGCAGCACACAGCCCAAGUGGAUGAAAUCCACCAGAACAAAAUCGUGGUCUAAGUCCUUGCAUAAUGCCAGUAAAAAAAGCCUUUCUAAAUACAAGUACCCUUUGAGUGGCCAACCCCCAACAAAGGAUAAGACCAAAGUUAACCAAUGUUUAUUGAAUCUAAAAGCUAAAGUCCAAGAUUGUAGGAAGUUACUUCUUAAGCCUAUUGUGUCAAAUGGCUUUGUUUCUGAUUCUAAACCCACAUCUGGGUCUGUACAUUUUAAAGCUGGUUUUAAGGAGGCAAUUAGUUUGAAUCAACUCCUCAGAACAGAGUCUAAAGGCUGGCCUGUGAGGACCCAUGGACAGAAGGAUGGUAAGAGUAAUGGGAGGCAGACAAAUGGACCAGCCAACAACAAUCGUACAGGGAAAUCUGAGGGCUGCAGCAGAAAUAACAAGAGAAAUUAUAACAGCGAAGACGACGACACAGGAAGUGACUGUGAUGACAGUGACAAUGAUAAUUCAGAUGGGGAUGACAGUGAGAGUGCAGAGGAUGGGGUUUAUCAAUUAGUGGACUGCCCGAUAUGCGGGAUCAUAUUCAAACACGUCAAAUUUGUGAAGAGACACAUUUCAUUGAAACACAAGAAGUGGUCCCUCUGCAACCAACCCAUCAGUUCAGCCACACCACCAAGUUAUGUCCUGGGCAAAAACAGUGGAAGGCCUCGUUCAGAGCGAGCACCCACCAUUAUAAAACUUACAGAAUCUGGACAGGUCAGCAGCAAUCUGUACGAGACGGUUGUGCUUGAAAGUGGUACAGAAAAAAAAGAUGUUGUGAUGGUCAAACCCACAAAGUCGGUUUUAAGAAUCGCCUCUGGUCUUGAAAAGAAAUCCAUGCAUAAGAGUCAUAAACCACCUCAGACAAAAAUCACCGGCAAAUCUAAAGCCAGUAAGUCCCAGCCGUUUGAUGCAGUUGGGCAAGUGCUAAAAUUGACUGAAAAAAUUGGUGUUGAGUCUGAUGAAAAACUUGAUGAUCACAGGGAGAAUCCACCCUUAAUUGGUCAUAAACCUGAGCAGGAUCAAAAGAAAGCAGGAAAUCUUUGUACAGAUCCACAGAGCAACAAUGAUGAUGAGCUUUAUCAUUGUCAGGAAAAGCUCUUCACCAACUGUCAGCAAAAAGAGGGUAAUGGCAAAGGUGGCGCCGCUGGUGAAUUGAUGGUGACAUCUUUUGGGAACGAUGCCACGUCGGCUUUGAUGCAGGUCAAACUGGAAGCAUGUGAGGGGGAAAAGGAUGGUGAUUGUCUGGAGGCUGUCCCGGAAAAUGACCUUCAAGUAAAGGCCGAGCCAGUGUCUGACAGUGAGGAGGAGUUGCUAACUGUCACUUUUGAUGAAACUUCGGUGUCAAAAUGCAAAACCAAUUCAUUGACUGAGGACAAAGGUACUGUAGCAUCUGAUUCAUCCUCAAUUUCCGGAAGCACACAACAGAGUGGUCAGGCUAAAAGUAGUGACAGAUAUUGUUCAAAAGAUCCACUCAUUACUACCUUAUCAUCUUGUUUGGAAGAGUCUGCAAGAAACUGCACAGCUAAUAGUAACAGAGAUUUGGAUGGGACUGAAACAAAGAUCAAGCUGCAAAGUGUGGUCUCACUGGCAACUGGGAAAGCUUUGCUGAAGGACAUGGGACUUUGUCCACCACCUAAUGUCAACAAACUUGUUUUCAGAAAUGUAGGUCAAUCAACCCCUGAAAAGCAGGAAGUGAUUUUUGUGUACCCCAAAAAGCCUGUCAUAAAUUUCAGUUCCAGAUGUCCAGCCAGUCCGUCUACAAGCCACAGCGUUGGCCAGAAUACCGAUCCUCUGGGAAAGCCUGGCCGUGAAUGUAGAACAAAGGAAAGAUUGUCGACUAAACCAGUGUCGCGUGUGUUGUCGAGGAAAAGAAAAAAUGAUUUAGAACCACAGACCAACAACAUAAAACAAGCUGUUUCAACAUCAACCAAGUUAGAUAUGAAGAGAUCAGCAACAACAGCAAAAGAGGAGAAAAUACAAAGUGUUGUCAGUCAGAAUUUAAAAGGCGCAACUGUCCAACCAUCGUCUGUUGCAGGUUCAAGCACUGACGCCGAACCUUCUAAAAGAUCUACUUCACAGGGUCAGGACAACGCAUAUUUCCCAUCACAGGAGUGGUGCGUGACAGGGCCAACUGUUAUCUAUGUCCAUCCUCAAAAGCCAAUUAUCAACUUCAGUGGUCGAGCCCCACGGCCCUGCUCUUCAAGAAGUGUAUAUUACUCAAAGUUAAAAAAUGACGCCUGACAGUUACAUUUGGUCGAAUAAUUUGGCUGUUAACCGUUAAUAAUGAUAUCCUUUGGAUUGCAUGGACAUUCUAUAAGUUUUUUUUUGUUUUUUUUAAGUUGAAGUUCUGUGGAUUCAUUGAGAAGAAAAGCUCAAUGGAUUUGUUUUAGUUUAGGAUAAUGGUGAUCUGUUGUAAACAUGCUUUGGGAACAUGUUUGAAUCACUGUGUGUCAUUUCAUUGCACCACUAAACUUCCAAAGUGUUCUUGCACUCCCAUCCAUUUAGAUGGAAGCUUACAGAAGUGUAAGUAUCACACAGUCCUGGGUAAGAUUUGAAUCGAACUUUGUACCAGCACACAAUGGCAAUGUCAAACUACUCAGACACAAGCAGUAGUCACAUUUGUCUGGCUUCUCCUCUAUAGAUAAUGUAUCCGGUAUUCUUUAAAAGGAGGAUUUUAGUCCCAGGGUGUAUCAAUGAACUGUGGAACGAUGGUAGGUAGAGUGUUCUGACCAGUCAGUUAUGUGUUUAUAGUUUUAACUGGCUGGAAUAAACUCUGAUGUAGAAAUUAUUGAAGUAGAUGCAAGAGAAAAGGCACCAUGCUCAAGACUGAAGUCCAUUAUUUCUGUACCAGUCACUGUAGCAACAUCAGGAAGAAACACACUUUGUGCCCUAGAGACUUUAUUUCAAGGGAAGUCUACAAUUGGAUCUCACAACCUGUGUCAGAUUCCCAACAAAAUUCACCAAGUUUUGUUGUCUUCACUUAGAGUCUGAAGUGUAAACAUAGAUAUGUUACUCUUGUUGCAUUUAAAAUUUAUUAUAUUUUCACUUUCACUGUUGUUUCCUUGGCAGAAUUUUCCCAGGAACUGAUGGUCCUGCACUUUAUUUAAAGUUUAGAGAAAAUCACAAGAUGUGUUUGAAAUUUCAGGCUAGGGACAUUGCAUUUACCAGACAUAGGUAAUGCCUUGACCCUGGGUUUUCUGACCUUGCUUGUAACUUUGCAAUGGUAGCAUAUGUUUCUGACGGCAGGCAAACCCAUGAAACGCCAAACCUUAAGUGAUUUCCUUACUCAAUAGGUGUGAUGGGUAUGUUUUAACCCUCAUUAAAUAUCAAAGUUGCAUCAGUUGACUGCCAGGCUACAGUGGUACCAUAAAUGAUGCUAAAUUAGUGAGUGAUUAGAAUGGGACGAUUUGGUAUGACUUAGUUUUGUACAGAAGUUAUGUCCAGAGCUUUCUGCAGCAAGGCUUAAUAAGAAAGACACUGGUCUGAGGGUAGGGAAUCUGAAAACAGCUCAGUGACAACACCUUUCUAGAAAAGACACUUGGUUAUCUUUUGUUGAAUUGAUGUGUUCACCAAUGACAUUAACAGUGUUGUUGACAAAGGUAAGACAUCAGUUGAGACAAUUAUUAUAGUCAUCAUUCAAUCAAAGUUCUGCCAAGUCUGCAGCCCCCCCUCACCUGUAAAAGUAAAAUUCCUGCCGUAGGCUAGUCUAUUCAGUACUCAUUCCCAAACCUUACUUUUACUGUAGAGGUAAAGUUUCAAAAAAUUUAUUGUCUGCCACACAGACACUUGUCAUACAUAGUUCAGUAUGUUUUUAUAUAUUAUUUUGGCAACUGUUAUCACUGGCAAUCUCAUUUAAAAUCACAUUAGAUUUUUUUUUUAAAGCUGAUCUUUUUAGUUAUUUCAUCAUUUGACCUGAUCUCUUGACCAUUUGACAUUGAAUUGAAUGUUGGUGAGUUUUGGUGUGCUCUGUGUGCAUGGAAAGUCCAAAGUGUCCCAAACUUCAAACUAAACUUUGAAACUUGUACUGAUGAUUUCAUUAAGAAAAUAUUUGUUGCAGUAUGGCUUAGCUUUCCAAAUUGUAGGAUGAUUCUUUUCACUACCCGGUACCGGUACCAACUUAUAACAGAAUGGCCCUAUUUAGGGGAGGUGCCCACUUCUUCUAAGUUAUUGACUGAGCUUUUAUUCCAAUUGCAUUGGUUGUUUGCUAUUGGUUAGAGAUGAAUACCGGGUACCUCAUAAUCAGGACUAACCCUGUAAAUAUUGUACACUUUACCACAGAUCUGGCAUAGGGAUUUAAGUAUGAGAUUUAGCCAUGUUUAUCAUAUAAUGUAAUAACAACUUACUGUGUGUUGGAGCACUUACUUGAAAAUGUCAGUGUACAUACAUGUGGGUAUUUUUAUUCAUCAGAUAAAAACAACUGGUUUUACAACUGUAUGUUGCUUACAGUGUUUGUUCAAAUUUUGCAUUCUAAAUAUAUAUAUAUAUAUUUUUUUUUCCAUGUUCACAGUACUGAUCACAUUUCUAUUUAAUGUUUCUGUUAGUCUAUGAUUUAUUUAAGCCACUGGCUACAAACAAAACAGUAAAUGUAGUUCAUGUUGCCCUUAAUGUACGAGGGUCUUAUGAAAGCAUCCAAGAUCAGAACAUAAACCAGCAUAACAACCCAGGGUGAAGUUAGGUUUAAAAUUAUUAUUUUUUGUAAAUUAUAAAUAUUAACAUUUAUUAACAAUUUAAGAGUAUUUGAUUUUAUUUUUUAAUUUCCAUGGUGCACUUGUAACAGCCACUUGGAAACCAUUAUUUUUGGCUACUAUUUUAAAUGACGCUGCUAUCUUUGUUUUUUUUCUCACACUUAUGUUGCAAUUUUAAGCUCAUUUCAUUAGAACAGCCUCCAUGCUUUGUGUAUAGUAUAAAAAUUUAUAAGUUUUGCAUUUUUAAAAAAAACAAAUCAUGUACUUUGUGUUUCAAAACAAGGAGUUGGGUCUUUAAAAAAAAAGAAAAGAAACAAAACAAAACAAAUGAUCACCCUAACACAAUGACAUGCCAGUUUGUGCAGCUGUAAAUUUUGUAUUUUUCAUUAUAUCCUCUUAAUUCACUCUAGAAAUCAAUGGGGUUUCUUUUGCUGUUGUAUUUUGUUUGCAUUACGUGUCAUAACUCUCUGUUGUCCUUAUCUGCCAUGUUUUAUCUCACCAACAUCAUGAUUGGAGUCAAAGUGAGCCCCGAAAUUAUUUUGUUUUUUAAAACUGAGAUGGUCAGCAUAAUUUGAUAUAAUGUGUGCUCUUUUGAAAAUUAACAAAACAUUGAUGACUGGUAUUCAUAUACAUUUUUUUUAUAUUUUACAAUAACAAUAGCAUGGACUUUUGGAAGUAUUAAAGAAAAGCUGUAAGAACUAUUCAGGCCAUCAACUAUUUUAACAUUACUAUUGAAAAAGUAGUAUCUUAACUCAAUUUUAUUGUUUUCAUUUUAUAACAUAAUGAAUGAGUUUUUUGGGGGGACAUAACUCAUUAUUUGUGAUCCUUUCACUUUCAUUUUUUUAAAAAUAGUUCCAGAUGGUCUGCAAUGGAUUAAGGAGUCACAUAUAGCACACCUUAUUUAUUUGUUUUUGACUUGAGCAACAAGGAGGAUCAUGUUUACUGCCUGAUAUAACAACAAAAAAAAUUUUUUCAUAUCCAAAAUGAGAAACACUACAAAAAAUUACCGACAGUUGAUUCACAUGGCUUUAUGUCUAUAAAAUAAACUGAUUUGACUCCUCGCAAACUAGAUUGUUGUAAAACCAUUUUUUUCUCCAGUUUUAUAAUGUAAUUGGCAUUAGUUUCUGUUAUUGACAAGAAUCCAGCUAUUAUUAUUUAGUGAAUCCUUAUCUUUAACUUUCCUUUGAAUACUUUGUUAAAAAAAAAUUUAUUGAUAAAUUAUCUUAAUUAUAUUUUAGUAGUGUUUUGUUCCUAAUUAUUUGAUUGGCCUCUUUUACCAUGAAUUAUUCCAACCUUUUUAAACAGUUGCCUUGCAACACACUGGAUUAUGCCGUUAGGAAAAUGUCUCUUCAUUAAAACAUCACAUUGACACUGACCAUUAUAAACUCAACUGUUCAUGUAUGUGUGUUGUUAAUAGUAUUUACAUAAAACAUAUUUACAUCUGAUAUAUGGGAUCUGCAGACAUCGUGAUGCCCUUGAUCUUGAGCUGCAGACAUCAUGAUGCCCUUGAGCCACAAAGACCUAUGAGGUCUCAUAAUUAAACCUAGGUUAUUUUUUAUUUUAAUUUUGGUGUUUUGUUAUGACUUAAAAAUUCAUGGCAAGGACCAUAUCCAGUUACGUUUGAGAAGUGGAGGGGAGUAAUCCCUGAAGUAUGUAUAUUAAAUGCUUUUAUGAUUCACAUAAUAACUUGGAACACACUACAUUUUAACUACUUUUUGGUAUUUACUAUUAAAAAACAAUCAUUAUUAAUAUCUGUUACAUGGAGUUUUUUGUUAUCCAUUUUCAAAAAAAAAAAAAAUGUUAUGUGCUAUUUUCAUUGG